AAUUGGGUGAGAUUUAAUCUUCCUAUGUUGACAAUGACUGAUGCUCAAUCCAUUGUUUGCCAGUAGUAGACGUUAAAGCUGCAGUGUGAAGUAAUUUCUUCACAUGCCAAAUAGGGUCACAAGUAAAGUAAUUAAACAUUGUCCACCAAAUAAAGCAUGAAAAAAUAAUUUAUAUGUUGUAUAUUUGACAAAAUAAUCGCGUUUCCGAAGUUCGAGCCUGAAAGGGGACGAACCCGGAAGUGAUACGUCACACCGGGAACAGCGUUGGCAGCUCCAUACAUACGGCCGCCAUACAUAGCCCUUCAAACAAUGAUUCAAACAGCGAUAUAAGCGAUAGACCGAGCACAAGGGAGGAGAUCCAAGUUUUUGAAGAGUUGGAGGAAGAAGAGGAGCUUGGAAUUUUAUGUUGGAUCUAACAUGUAUUAGCCAGACGCUAAUCAGAACGCAAACAGUGUGCCUAGACUACCUGACAUGGAAUAGAUACAAGACCCAUCGAGAUUACAACAUUGGUAAGAUAUAGGCUGUUAUUAAUUUUAUGAUUUGAAGAUGCAGGCAUUUGCGCAUAAUGUUAUGUUUUUGUCUAUCUGAUGACAUUGUUAAAAAAAAUAAUAAUCAGACUUCAUGUUCAUUUUGGCAGAUCCGGCAGCUCUCGUGCAUAUAAAAUAAUAAUAUAAAAACGUUGGGGGGAAAGAAGGAGAUGAGUCUUCGAUGGCUUUCUCGACUUUAUUGUGGCAACAAUAAGAAAACAAAAUAAUAGCGGACUGCCGCCACAUUCGACCGCGAAGUUUUGCUUCUCGCCGAUCUCCUCCUCGCCUCCCACUCCAGCGUCUCUUAAAGGGAUUGUGCAUAGUGUCUUUUUUAGGGCUGUCAAAAUUAUCGCGUUAACGCGCGGUAAUUAAUUUUUUUAAAUUAAUCAUGUUAAAAUAUUUGACGCAAUUAACGCACAUUUCCCGCUCAGAAAGUAUACUGCCUUUUGUUAAGUUUUACAGCAAGGCUUUUUGCGCUGUCCAACAGCGAACUCUUGUGGUCGCUUUGCGACAUGGUUUAUUAUUUUCUUUACUUUCUUCAUUAUGGCUGCACGACGUCUCGGGCUGAUAAUGUUGUGCUUAUAUGAUCCUUGGACAAGAUUUGUCCUUAUCAAGGCAAAGGUUACUCAUGUGACAGUUGAUGUGGCCAGACGUCUCAAGUACCACAUUUUAAUAAGCGAGACCUUAAAGAACCCCAUAAGAAGGUAUUUUCACGCAAUCCACACUUUACCGAGCACUGCAGCAUGUGGAGUCAUUCUGACCAAAGGCACUGAGUAUCUAUUUAUGGCCAACAUUCAACGUGAUGGCGGACUCUACAUCUUCUCGUGUGACUUCUUUGAGCCGUGGGAAGCCUUGAGUGCCACGCAAAAGAACUUGUUGCGACGUUACAAAUUGGGUUGUGACUGCAAGAUCAAGAGAUGUGACUCCUUUCCGUGCGGCCCGAGCAGCCCAAAAGAGUGCUUGUGGUCAGACUUUCUGUUGCAGACAUCCCAUGGCGAGCAGGCCCGAAACUUCGCUUGCAAAAAGGGAAAAGACGGUUCUUGUGCUUGGUACAGAGGCCUAAAUGUGAUAAACUCUGAAUAAAACCAAA